GCUGCCUUUUUGCAGCACAUUGCAGACGUAGUGCAGAGGGGCGAGGAAGCACCUGCUUCCAAAGAGGAGGAGAAGAAGGAGGAGAAGGAGAAGCAGAAGGAGGAGGAGGAGGAGAGACGGAUCUCACGAGAAGCUCCGGUUGUUGGCACUGACACUUGUGCGUAAACUUGGAUUGCACCGAGAAUAUGUACGAGUUCUUUUCCUUCAUCUGGCGGGGAAAUCGGGAGGCGCGAGCCGUCAAAAAGCAGCAGACGGAUGGCGUCGUGGUGAACGUUCGAGGAUGGUCUUUGAACGCACCUCUCGUUACUUCGAAUCGGGGAGAUUUUCUGUAGACGACUGCGCCGCAGACAAGUCGGAUUAGAAGAGUCCGCGCUCGGAGUGAGGUGCGCGCAACAAGAGGAUGCCAGCCAGGCGUGGCCAAUGUGAGGAGAAUGCGUGGGGAGGAUGUAUAUAAUCGAGUCUUUUCCUUCUCAUUAGCGCACAUAUCAAAACGGAUGACGAGAGGACUUCAUUUCGCCUGCAUGGCUCGGACAUUUUGACCACUUUAAAUGCCUUCGCUUAGUUUAAACCUGACGGCCGUGCACACCAUGGCCGAGGUAGGGACUUUGUUCGGAGGGCUCGAUUUGGAUUUACAAAGUUUCCCCGCGUUCGGGAACGCGCCCCUUCAGCCGGAGUCGCCGCUGGGCUUGAAUGAGCGCCUGGGCCAGAUCGACGGGGGGCUCCAGCGGGGGUCGCCCACCGACUUCGGCCACCUCAAGGGCAUCCUGAGGCGGCGGCAGCUCUACUGCAGGACCGGCUUCCAGCUGGAGAUAUUCCCUAAUGGGACCGUGCACGGGACCAGGCAGGACCACAGCAGGUUCGGUAUCCUGGAGUUCAUCAGUCUGGCAGUCGGUCUGGUCAGCAUCAGGGGCGUGGACGCCGGACUGUACCUCGGCAUGAAUGAGAAAGGAGAGCUCUAUGGGUCGAGGAAGCUGACGGCGGAGUGCGUGUUCAGGGAGCAGUUUGAGGAGAACUGGUACAACACGUACGCGUCCACACUCUACAAGCACAACGACACGGCGCGCUUCUACUACGUGGCCUUGAACAAAGACGGCUCGCCCAGGGAGGGCAGCAGGACUAAAAAGCACCAGAAACUCACACACUUCUUACCGCGACCCGUGGAGUUUGAGAAAAUCCCUCAGGCCUACCGGGACCUCUUCCAGUACAGGUGACCGCAGCUUGGACGGGCGCUCCCGCUUCCAAGACGACGUGGCCACAGGGGGUUGUUUGCUACAAAACUGUUUACCCUGCGCUGAGGUCACCGCCUCGGCUCGCUUCCAAGAGCACUGAUAUAAACAUCUUUGCGUGUUCCUUGAUGUCGCUUCAUUGCAUCUGAGGCCGAGCGAGCCGGCAAGAGAGGACGCUGCGGUCGGGCGCUAUAACCACUUUUCCUAGAGAUCAAUUAGCACUACGCUGGCGCGGAACCAACAGACGGCGUGGCCUUUUGAGGCGCGCCUCACGCGGUGGGAAAGGAAGCACUCGAGCUAACGGAAGAGGAGGCACUUUCCCACAUAGACCGAGAGAAAGGCAGGACAGGAAGAAGGCUCAAAUGUACAGUGCGCACAUUGCGCAACAUUCCUGCGACGCCUUCCAAAUGGUCACGGACUGAAGCGAGAAGAAGACAGAAAACACGACAAAUGUGCUCUUCAUCCAAGAGCACUUACUGAACCACCAGGACGGAGGAUAGUAUGGGCGGCCCUUCGAGCGUUUAUUCCAUGGUAGCACCAGUUGCAUGCAGUCGGCAAGUAGUGCGCUUUUGCCUUGCUAGUCACAUGUGGUACAGGUAGGUGUCCCUUAAGCCUACGAGCACGUCAACCUCAUAUCAAGGAUGUCAUAUCAAUGCUCCAAAAUGUUUUUCCUCACUAGUAAGACAAUUCGGCUCACCGGUAAAGUGACUGCGUCGUACGAGUCGUCUUUUUUUCCACCAUUGCCUUCCAGUAAAGGAAUGACUACUGAUGUAUUCGUAGCACAACUGCAAGUGAAGCAACUCGUGCAAACUGGUAGAAUGUCAUCCCGUCUGUCGUGGUACAAGUACCGGCGCAUAUUGUCAUUGAGUGCAAACUUUUGCCUCACUAACACGUAGAUGUCAAACGAGUACACCAAAGUUGUCCUACUCCUGAGUGACGAAUCAAAUUCAUGCCGAAACAGUUUUCCAUCAAGCAAUCUUGUUACAAUCCAGUUUAAGUGCCACGUACGAGUACACUCUUUGUCCUCACUAUUAGAACACAUUAGCGUACUAAUAGAACGUGUUUUUUUUUCCCCACGACUUGAUGACAUUUUCUGCACUCUACUAAGACAACUUUGAUCUACUAAAGGGGACUAGUGAAGCAAAAUGUUGGUGCUACGAGAUGGGUCCGGGGGGCUACUCGUGUGUAAAAUAUGCCUGCUAGUUGGGUCGAGUAGUGUUACUAGUAGUUUAUCAUUUAGAUUGAACUGCGGACCAGUAGGCCACCAGACACGGGAGGAAAAAAAAAAAAGAAGUCAUUCUACGAGUGUGUUGAAUUGUCUUACUAGUACAUCGAGAUGGAUCUCAAGGAUACGGAAUAAAAGCUAAAAUGGCUUUCCAUAAGCUUUGAAUAAUCGGUGUGAUCAAUGCGGAACAGAAGAACCAGCGAUUGACGUGUGAUGUUCAGGGACACUAUUCAAAAGGCAAGCAGCCGAGGGGUACAUAUGGGCGAUCCUAUUUAUGAGAUGUAAAAUAUAUUUAUUUUCGACAUAUAAAGUAUAAAUAUAAAUCUAUAUAUUUAUUUAUUGAAAAGACUCUAUUUUGUCAUGAACUUGAAAUUAUCGCGACCGUAGAUUCUACUGAAAUGACACCAAUAAAGCAUAUUUAGAAAUUAAUCAUAAAUGAUAAAGAUUUGCAGUUAAUAUGACAAUAAAAUUGUCCUGCUAUGUGAGACUGUUUGUGUCUGGACCCAAAUUUGAUGUACCGAUUAAAAACAUGUAGAUUGUA